UUCCCUAAUUUCCCCCCUCUAAUUCCUUUUCCCUCUCGCCAAUUUCUCUUUCAUUUCUAUUUUGAAUUUCAAUUAGGGUUUGUCCAUCAAAAACCCCUAAUUUCACAGCAUUUUCAAACCCUAGUCACCAAAAAUCAAUGGAUUUGAACCCGGAUUUCCUCUCCCAAUGUUUUCUCCACACACUCUCUCCUCAGCCUGAGCCCCGCCGUGCCGCCGAAGCUCAACUCUCCGAAUUCGCCGAGCGUCCUAAUUACGCCCUCGCUGUUCUCCGCUUAGUCGCAGUUCCCACCGUCGACGAACAAAUCCGUGUGGCUGCCGCCGUCAACUUUAAAAAUCAUCUCCGAUCACGCUGGGUCCCAUCUGCUGAGUCUGCGCUCACUCCGAUUCCUGAUGCCGAGAAAGACCAAAUCAAAACCCUAAUUGUCACUCUCAUGCUGUCCUCCGCCCCUCGCAUCCAAUCACAGCUCAGUGAAUCGCUCUCUUUAAUCGGCAAACAUGAUUUCCCUAAAGCAUGGCCGGCUUUGCUACCUGAGCUGGUAUCCAACCUUGAAGCUGCUUCCGGUAAUAAUGAUUAUAACUCCGUUAACGGAAUUCUCGGUACUGCUAACUCUAUAUUUAAAAAAUUCCGUUAUCAAUACAAAACUAAUGAUCUUUUGCUUGAUUUAAAGUAUUGUCUUGAUAAUUUCUGUGCUCCAUUGUUGAACAUUUUCCUUAGAACUUCAGUCUUGAUUGACUCUGCAAUUAGUUCAGGAAGUUAUUCUCCUGCAACUUUAAAACCGUUGUUUGAGUCGCAGAGAUUAUGUUGUCGGAUAUUUUAUUCGCUGAAUUUUCAAGAGUUGCCUGAGUUUUUUGAGGAUAAUAUGGAGAAGUGGAUGACUGAGUUUAAAAAAUAUUUAACCACACCCUAUCCGGGUCUUGAGAGCAGUGCGGAUGGUCAGUUGGUUGUGGAUGAUCUUAGGGCAGCUGUUUGUGAGAAUAUUAGUCUUUACAUGGAGAAGAAUGAGGAGGAGUUUAAGGAAUAUGUGGAGGGUUUUGCACUUGCUAUUUGGACUUUGUUAGGGAAUGUUUCACAGUCUUCUGGACGUGAUAGGUUAGCUGUUACGGCAAUCAAGUUUUUGACUACAGUGAGUACUAGCGUGCAGCAUACUUUGUUUGCAAGUGAUGGAGUUAUCCCACAGAUUUGUCAAGGAAUUGUGAUUCCUAAUGUGCGAUUGAGGGAUGAGGAUGAGGAGCUUUUUGAGAUGAACUACAUUGAGUUUAUUAGAAGGGAUAUGGAAGGGAGUGAUCUUGAUACUCGGAGGAGGAUUGCUUGUGAGUUGCUUAAAGGGAUUGCAAUGAAUUAUAGGGUGCAAGUAAUGGAAUUGCUUGCUGUUCAGAUACAGAAUUUAUUGAGCUCAUACGCUGCAAAUCCUGCCGUUAAUUGGAAAGAUAAGGAUUGUGCUAUUUAUUUGGUUGUUUCACUAGCAACAAAGAAGGCUGGCGGUGCUUCGGUUUCAACUGAUCUUGUUGAUGUUCAGAACUUCUUUUCACAUGUGAUAUUGCCUGAGUUACAAAGUCAGGAUGUUAAUGGAUUCCCUAUGCUUAAGGCUGGUGCUAUCAAGUUCCUUACUGUAUUUAGGAGUCUAAUACCAAAGCCUCUUUCACUGCAAUUAUUGGCGGAGUUAGUUCGCUACCUAGGUGCAGAGUCCAAUGUGGUGCAUUCUUAUGCUGCGGGUUGUAUAGAGAAACUUUUGCUGGUUAGGGAUGAGGGUGGACGGCCGCGGUAUACUUCAGCGGACAUAGCUCCAUUUAUUCUAAUGCUGAUGAAUAACCUAUUUAAUGCUUUGAAGUUUCCAGAGUCCGAUGAAAAUCAAUACAUAAUGAAGUGUAUAAUGCGGGUUCUAGGAGUGGCAGAAAUAUCAACUGAUAUUGCUGCGCCUUGCAUUGCUGGACUGACUUCAAAACUCAAUGAAGUUUGUGCAAACCCAAAAAAUCCUAUUUUCAACCAUUAUCUCUUUGAGUCGAUAGCUGUUCUUAUUAGGCGAGCAUGUGAAAGGGAUGUCUCUCUCAUACCUGCUUUUGAAACAAGCCUAUUCCCCAGUCUUCAGUUAAUUUUGGCAAAUGAUGUGACCGAGUUCUUGCCCUAUGCAUUCCAGCUUUUGGCUCAACUAAUUGAGCUGAGUAGACCUCCACUCUCGCCCAGUUACAUGCAAAUCUUUGCCCUUCUCUUGUCUCCUGAAUCAUGGAGGAGAAAUUCAAAUGUACCAGCCCUUGUGCGUCUGCUUCAAGCUUUCCUUCAGAAAGCACCACAUGAGCUCAACCAAGAGAAUAGACUGGACCAGGUGCUUGGAAUAUUUGAAAGGCUUGUGUUAUCCCCGAGUACUGCUGAGCAAGGUUUUUAUGUGGUUAACACUGUGAUUGAGAAUCUCGACUACAAUGCCUUGGAUCGGUACAUGCCUAAGAUCUUGAGUACUCUAUUUAAAUUAGUACAAGAUAAGAGGAAAGUAAAAAUUAUUAAAUCUCUUUUGAUUUUCAUGUCACUCUUUUUGGUCAAACAUGGUUCCGUAAGGCUGGUAGAGUCGGUGAAUAAAGUUCAACAGAACUUAAUUAUGGUUAUUUUGGAGCAGUUGUGGAUUCCAAAUCUUAAGCUAAUCACUGGAUCCAUUGAGGUUAAAUUAGCUGCAGUGGCAUCUACCAAACUUAUCUGUGAAGCUCCUGCCCUUCUGGAUGCUUCAGCUGUUAGACAUUGGGGGAAAAUGUUGGAUAGCAUUGUUACCCUUCUUUCGCAGCCGGAAGAGGAUAGAGUUGAAGAAGAACCAGAAAUGCCAGAUAUUGCACAAAAUGUGGGCUAUACUGCUACUUUUGUUAAUCUGUACAAUGCUGGUAAAAAGGAGGAGGAUCCCAUUAAGGAUAUAAAGGACCCAAAACAGUUCCUUGUUGCUUCGUUGGCGCAGCUCUUUUCCUUAUCCCCUGAGAGGUAUCGCCAGAUCAUUUUUGAAAAUCUUGACCCAGCAAAUCAAACAGCACUGCAGCAGCUCGGCAGUAGUUACAAUUGCCAUAUUGUUUGAAAUUUUGUAUCAAAUUUGAGGUCUUUUUUACGUGGUGGUUGGGUUCAACAAGAUAUUAUGAAGGGACAGCUACUUUUACGUUGAGGUCUUUGAGUCGAGUCACGAAUAGUUUUGCAACAUUCGGGAGUCUCAUGCAGCAGUAACAUGGGGUUUACAGUCUUGCUGAGUUCUACAUUGGUCAAAGAGUGGAUGGCGGUUGCACAUAUAGAUUCAAGUGUUUCUACAUGUACUGAAGUUCCCUGAAUACUGUGAAAAAUUAAGCGUCUUGUUGAAGCUUGCAUUUCUUGGUGAAAUUUACAUAUAUACUGUCAUCAUUUUGAGUUGCUAUCACUUGCAUUAUCGAGUCGUCGAGCUCAUGUAAGAAAAAAAAGUGGAGUUUUUCCUCUGCAGGUCUGGUAAAUGUAAUUCUUCAAGUGUUUUGAGUCCAUGUUUAAUUAAUGUCUCAUAACAGGUUUAUUCAA